UUUACUACCAUUGAAUGGAUUUUCUUUUUUACUAUUUAAAUCUAAUCUGGAUAAAAAUUCGUUCAGGAAAGGGACAGAGAAUGGAGAACAUUACGAUAACAAAUUUACACUUCUUUUCCUGGAUAAACAAAUAAAAAUUCAGUCGUAUAAGAUCUUAUAUAACAAAAAGAAGAGUUAAUCUGCUUUUAUGUCUUCCUUCUUCAGUUUAUCUAGACCUUAUUGAAAUGGGGAUCUUGAGAAGUGACGGCACGCGUAGCAUCAAUGACAUUUUGGAAUAUGCCUUUGUAAGCAGCAAUAACACCGUUGUUACUCUUCAAUGUACGACCAACGCCAAAAUCCAAAGGUUUACCAAACAUAUCCGAUACGAUACCGCCAGCUUCUUCGACCAAGAGGGAGCCUCCAGCGUGAUCCUAAACUAAGUUAGUUACGUGCUUUUUAAAUUGUUAUUCAUCUUCAACAUACCCAAAUUUUCUCCUCAAAGGUCAUGCUGGUAGGAAGACGAAGAUAUAUAUCUCCAUCACCUCGAGCGAGACUGACAUACUUGGCUUGAGAGUCCAUUUUUGUAGGUCCAUGAACAAUCCCAAGCUUUUUAGCGAUUUCUUCUUGGGUUCCUUGCAUAGAGUGACCCGCUUCGACUCCUUCACAAAAUUUAGAAUCCUUUGGAUCUUGGACAUCCUUCAUAUAGACUUGGGAGGGUUGGACAGUCAAAUUAUGAAGGGAGUAUUGAAAGCAUCCUUGACCACGAACAGCAGACAUGAUGAUACCCUUAGGACUUGUUUCGGGCUGCUUGAAGUCAAAAGGGAGGUUGGGACAGCUGAUGGCACUCACCAUUGGCUUUCCAUUUUCGAUUAAAGAAAGGCAAAUAGCAUAUUGGGCACCACGAAGGAAACCUUUAGUACCAUCAAUGGGAUCGAGUGUCCACAUACGGCCUUCACGACCGCCGUUGUAAUUUCCUUGAUCGAUAACGGCCAGCAUUUGCUCGGCGUCUUUAAUUUGACCCAACUCUUUAUAUUCUUUCGAUUGCUGAAUCGAUUCUUGAACCAAUGACCAGACACGAGAGCAGGUUUCUCCAUUGCUUCUCAAAUGGUCGGCAUCUUCCUCACCAACGAUGGGGUCUUUGGGAAAAGCAUCUUUAAGCAAUGAAAUGACAACUGCUUGAGCACCAAAAUCACCGAUGGUUACAGGUGACUUAUCUUCCUUUGAGUGAGCACCUGCGGCGCUCUUCUCUUUUAUAAGUUGGUUGAAUACUUUUUCGGUCAAGUAGCUAGCCCUACGGACAGCGACAAUAGCAAUUUCUUUUUCAAAUUGAAAAUUCAUAUUUGUUUUUAUAAGUUACCAAAAAUUUAGGAACCACUUGCGUCUAGGAUACGAGAAAGCAAAUGCGUUAAAGAUUUUGCUGUAGACGAACUAUGACUUGAGUGAACGAAUCCAAAUAAAUAUCCAAGUAAAUAAACCUUCUUUCUUCAAAUAGCUUGGUUUUUAGAAAAAAUUCAGUGCAACUGAUGGAAACUAAAAAAGGAAUUUAAGAGAUUCAUACAAGAAGAGAUAUGCUCCUGGAAAACGUUCAAGAGGAAUAGGAAAAGACUAAGAAAGUAGCAUGGAUGUUCAACAUUCCAAUCAUUUAAAAUUCAAAAACGCCGGGAAACGCGUGUAACGCGCACUCACUGAGAAAAUACUUGCCAUGGCUUUCCUGAACGAAAACAAUACAGGGGUUCCUAUUAAAUGAAAAGAAAAGGUAUAUAAGAAUUCAUUAGAAGAGUAGGACGCGUUUCUUUCUUUUUAUAGAGUAACAAAGUGAAACAAUAAAUAGACUUACGCGUUACCCAAGAAGUCAACAUAAACACAACCAUGAACUUUUAUCCAAUUGCAAAAUACUCUGUUGCGCAAGACUCUUAUGGAUAUGAUUCAACAUCUACAAGCUGGUCUCAUUACUCAGAUGGUGGAUUUACAAUGUCACUGACAUCAGGAUUAUUGCAAAUUCGUAGGCGCGAAGAACUAAUUCAAAGUAUAAAUUUACUAGAUUCAUGGCACCAAUUCAUCCCAGGGACGAAAGAACGGAGCUUGGUCCUAUUGUCUAAGGCACCUUGCAUGAACUUUCGCGUAUAUAGCAACAAUCUUACCAAACGGUUUCAAGUAAAGUUUCCGUCAGAUGUGUUUUACAUGAAAGCAAAGCUUGAAAUAGAGAACCUCGGAUUAUACUUCAAAGAUGCAAGGUCAUCUUCGGAGAAGAAGCAAAUGUCAAACUCGCAAAGCCAGAUUGGGAAUUCACAAGAGAUGUAUAUGGUACCACCUAUGAAUCCAACAGUUAAUUCUUCAUCUCAACCGGCAAUUUCGCUUCACGCACCUUCUAUUAUGUCCCAGACAAUUCCAGGGACACCGCCAAUUGCAGCAGGAGGAGGUGGUGGUGUAAUACCACCAUCUUCCUCAUCACAAGGUACGACAUUAAACAACGGUGCUACCGACAUAGCUGCCCAUACUCCUUUCAAGCGCACUAGGGUCGACGACGUAGCAUCGUUAAGCUAUUCACAAGUGCCAGCAACAACGCCAUCAUCAUCAUCAUCUUCAGGUGUGUUGGCUUCUAUUCGGCCGUCUCAGAAUCCCGGGACGGCCGGACGACGAGAAACGAAUAUGGAAAGCAUACACAUGUCGCAACCACUUUGGGAAGAUCCUGUGGCUAUUUCGUCAUCGCCGUUUCACCCAUCCCAGUAUUCUGUUGUAGCAGCUACGCCUCUUGGAUCGCAAAAUCAAGGAUUACCUAUGGGAUCUGCAGUAACGCCGAGACAGGACAAUAAUAAUCAGGUUUCUUCUUUGAUGAAUUUGUUGCCAUCGCCUCCGACAACAUCGUCACCAUCCGUACUUCCUCCCAACUUGACGGAAGAAGAGAAACUCUUGCGAGAUAAGAUUCUAUUUUACCUCCAGCAGAACAGCUUUCUUCAACUAUGCCAAAGCUUGGAUCGUGUAUGGGCUACGAUCCAACAUACGUAAAGCAAAUCAGUAAACAAACAAACAGGAAACAUAAGGAAACCUCAUAAAGCAAAGAAAGAAUGAAAGGAGACCCUGUCCGUUGGUAAAGGAUUCAUUUCAUCCUUGGGGGUUUUUUUUUCUUUCUUGUUUUUUUUUCCUGUUCGUUUCAUCGUUUCAUCGUUUCAUCGUAUUAUCGUUCUAUCACAUAAAACGAACUGCUUUCCUGAAUGUCGUGCGAUGUAAUGUUUUCUAUGACACGCGCCAUGCCCUGCCAUACCAUGUAAACAAAGCUCAAGUCUACGGCCGAAAAAGAGCGGUUUUUGGUGACGAUGGUAUGGUAGAAUGCGUACAAAUUUGAAUCCGUGAUGUCGUCAAAAAGAAGAAACCAAACAGACACCAGAAACCAUAUUCCUUCUUUUAGGUAACUUCUUCCAGGAAAAUUUCCACAACCCAAGUAUGCUCCUAUUGAUAUAAUAUGAUCCUUUCUUGUUUCUUACUUGCCGAAGUGAAAACAUAUACAGAAUCCCAACGUAAACCGUUAAGCAACGUUUAAUGAAAGCUAACACGCUGGCCCGUUUUCUUCUUAUUUGCAGAAUAGUAGACUGUUGUGUCUAGUGUUAGGUCAACAGACUCUCACCUUCCAUUGAUUUCGGUUAUCAGGUUCGCCUUUCAAUUGAGAGUUUAUUAUCUCUCUGGUUCAUUUUUUCCUGUACAAAAGAGGAGGCGUUUGGUCAUCCCGCUCUGUGUCUUUAUCUCUGUUAGAGUUAGGGUGCAAACCUUUUUUCAAGAGGAAAAGGGAAGGCGACAACGGCAAUAAUAACUCUUACAACGAGGUUAUCUUAUUCUUUUGCCGAGAACAAGAUCAUUUCUCGAAUAGGUUAAUUUUCGUUUAAAAAACCGCAUAACAAUGUGACUUACUUUAGGUAGGAUUCUUUUUAAGAAAAACCAUAAACAUUUGUUAUAUUUUCUUUGAAAAAAAUCCGUUUAUUUUUUCACUUCCAUCUUUAUUUUCACGUUGUAUUUCUCUCCCUCCCCGCUUGUGUUUCACCCCUCUCUUGUCUAUGAGUGAUGUAAUUCCGUCGUGAAUGACCAUUCCUACUUCGUUUAAUACCUCAAAGCCAGUGAUUUCAAGCUUCGGAUCAACCUUCUUCUCCAAAGCUUACAGAGCUGUAUACUGUUUGUGUGGAUUUUCAACCAAGUUGUUCCCAUUCACUAUUGCCCUCUUUUUUGCGUAAGGGUUUGGCCAG